AUGCGCCUUUACGGGCUCCUCGCCGUGGGCUCGCACCUCUACGGGUUCUACGAGGCGCACCAAGUGUCCCGAAAGUAUGAGGCUGCGAUGGACAGAAAGUUUGGGCUGGAACCAGGGACUCUCUUUCGGGGCCUCAAAAAGGACCCCAUGGACUUUGAGUGGAGCUACUGGAUCGAAUGGGGAAGGGAACGUAUACUGUGGCUUCUGGCUGGUCACCUGCUGGUAUCACAAGUCUCCAGGCUCUUGAUGGAGAAGUAUAAACCAUGGUGCUUGAUGGUUUAUGGAAUGGCUGCCUGCUGGUUGUUACUGGGAAUCAAGGGCUUUGCUGUCAUUUUGUUACAUGCAGCAAUUUCGUUUGCUGUGGCUCAGUUUCAGCUGUCGCUCCUGACGUGGUUGUGCUCCCUUACUCUGCUAUCCACCUUACGCAUACCAGCUGUGGAAGAAGCCAAGAGGAAGUGGUACGACACUGAGAAUGAGUAUUACCUGCUGCUCUUCACCGUGUCUGUCCGCUGCCUCUUCUGCACCAGCUUCAGCCUGGAGUACUGCUGGCAUGGAGCUACCCAGAAGUCAUCCCACUCGUUCCUCUGGAUGCUGGCAUAUGUCUUCUAUUAUCCCACCUUCCACAAUGGACCCCUUCUGAAUUUUGAUGAAUUCAGUAAGCAGAUGAGGAGCCAAGAAGCCUUCAGUUUGAAGACCAAUCUUAGGAUCUUGAUGGUGGGCAUAAUGCGUAUUUUCUUUUGGUGGUGCCUGGCUGAGCUGAUGAUUCACCUCAUGUACAUCCAUGCUCUCUACAGCAGUGCUUCUCCUUUGGAAGCUGCAUCAUACUGGGCCUUGGGUGGCCUGGCUCUAGCCCAAGUACUGUUUUUUUAUGUGAAGUACCUGGUUCUAUAUGGUGUUCCUGCCCUCCUCCUUCAAAUGGAUGGACUCAAACCUCCAGCUCUGCCUUGCUGUGUGAGCCUGAUGCACAGUUUCACUAAAAUGUGGAGGUAA